UCUCUGUAGUUUCCAGCUAACUAUUAUUCUGUAAAGUUAACUAAUAGCUUAAACUUUUCAGUGAAGUGGGUACUUGGCAAGCUUCAAAACCCAAAACGCUAAACUUUAAACUUGCUAGGCAUAUAUAAUAAUCUAAGUGCAUCUUUAAGCAACUGCAAUUGGACUGCCAUUUCUUCUCAUAAUAUCUUUACACUACUAAAAUAAACAGGAAGUUUCAUAAUAUCUGGUGAGAAGUAUGAGCCACUCCUUUUGAUUCUCUCAGAAAAGAGCAGCAUAUUUCACCUCAUUUCCAUUCAUUAUCUACAGGAAACCUGCAUCCCAUAUAAUAUACCUCUUACAGGUUUGUUAGCACAGCUCAAACCUACCCUAAAACCCUCUCUGAACAGUGUCAAUGGAGGUAAGGUUUCUUGCAUGGCUCUUAUUUAUAUUGUGUACUCAUUGUUUAACAUGUUUGGGGUUUGAAGGCUUUCCUGCAUCAAAAUUUGAAGAAGUAAAUCUUACGGAACCAAAACUUGUAGGACGGCUUUAUGAGAGACAUGCAGCAGCAAACAUCUCAGUUGGAUCAUAUGCAGUAAGUGAAAGCAGAGGAUUAGAGGGAAAGCAUUAUAUGAUUUAUGAAAGAAAGGGUGGACAUGGACACAAAGGGAAGGGAAGUUCUGGCGGUGGAAAUACUGCUCAUCAUCCUAAAGCCAAUAAAGGUCCAGCUUCACUAUCAUCAAGCAUUAGUUUCAUGUCUGCUAUUGCAGUAAACUUAGCUUUCAUGGCAGUAUUGCUGCUUGGGGUGUUUUAGUGUAUCAACCAACAGGCCGACACUUUGAAGGCCUGCCAACUAUCAAUGGUAUCUAGGAUUUUGUUUGUUUCAUGAGCAUCUGUCCUCUCAUAUUCAUGGAGAGCCAACAUGUUAUCUUGAAGUUGGCUCCAUUUGUGAUAAAUUCUGAUUAUUUUAUUAAAAAGUGUUUUACAA